UUAGUCGCGAUCGCAAUUAAAAAAAAAAUUGCCCAUGCGCUUAACGCGACCAUGAAUUGGAUACGCAUUUUGCCAUACCUUUUUGUUUGGAACUGCCCUCCAUUGAUAUUUGGCGGCGAGCCUGUGCCGAGAUCGAUAAAGUGUUUAUCUACCGGUACAUUUUCGUGCUUGACCAACGGACGCUUCGAGGAUCCGUUCGAUCCGACAUGCUCGAAGUAUUACCUCUGCGCCACGUACGAGGUCGAAUUGGUGACCGUUCGCCUCGCUUGUCCCGAAGGCAUGUUCUACGAUCCUACAGAGGAACGCUGCUCAUCACAGUACGCCUGCAUUUGCGAUUCUAACGCUACCGUCACCACGAAAGCUCCACCGACCACGAACCCGUGGUGUUCCGAAUGCUCGAAGUGUCUAACUACGGAAGAGAGCCAGUCUACCGUGGUGUCUCUGUCUACCAGUAGCCCGGGGUAUCCAACAACCGGUGACACUACUCUGGUUACUGGAGGAGGCAACUUAACAACACCUGGACCAACCUGGCAGCCGACUAUCAGUGAUACAACUGUCGCUACUAAAGGAGACAAUUUCACAAGCACAAUUCCACCAAAUAGCGACACCACUAUUGCUACUCAGGAAAAUACGUCCACAAGAACAGUUACACCCACAGGGCAGCCGACAAAUAGCGAUAGGACUUCUGUUUCGCAAGGAGGCGACCUUACAACACUGGGACCAAGCUGGCAACCGACAUACAGUGACACCACACCUGUUACUCAAGAAGAUACGUCCUCAAGUACAGUUACAUCCAGCGGGCAGCCGACAAAUAGCGAUAGGACUUCUGUUUCGCAAGGAGACAACCUUACAACACUCGGACCAAGUUGGCACCCUACAAACAGUGACACCACACCUGUUACUCAAGAAAAUCCGUCUUCAAGUACAGUUACACCCAGCGGGCAUUCGACAAAUAGCGAUAGGACUUCUGUUUCGCAAGAAGGCAACCUUACAACACUCGGACCAAGUUGGCACCCUACAAACAGUGACACCACACCUGUUACUCAAGAAGAUACGUCUUCAAGUACAGUUACACCCAGCGGGCAGCCGACAUCUAGCGAUAGGACUUCUGUUUCGCAAGGGGGCAACCUUACAACACUCGGACCAAGUUGGCACCCUACAAACAGUGACACCACACCUGUUCCUCAAGAAGAUACGUCUUCAAGUACAGUUACACCCAGUGGGCAGUCGACAAAUAGCGAUACGACUGCUGUUUCGCAUGGAGAAAACUUUACCACAUCUAUACCAACCAAUAACACUUCUAUUCCUACUCAAGGUGAUAACUCCACGAGCACAGUUUCACCCAGCGGGCAACCAACAACCAGUGACGCCACCAUUUUUACCCAAGGAACUGACUCAACGACUCAACCUGCAACUUCCACUACAGCACAUAUUACCCCAACCACGUUGACUUCCGAUCCCUGUGGUACCCAAGAAACAUUCACGUGCUCAGAAAACGGCAGGUUUACGAAUCCCGCAGACCGAAGUUGUUCCAGCUACUAUUACUGCAUCAAACUAAGAGACGGCAACUUCACUUCGGCCUUUUACGUGUGCCCUCCCGACUCCUAUUUCAAUCCCGUAAGCCAAGGAUGCGAUACAGGCUACGUGUGCCCCUGUCAAACUGUUCCCACGACUACGUCGCUAAGUCAAUCAUCUACUGCGGUACCGACAACAUCACAACCAUCGGAAGGAACCACUGGGUUACCACCACCAGCCUAUUGUGACUCGGUGGGCAGCAACUCAUUCACCUGCUUUGCUAACGGCAGGUUUAUCAACCCCAACGACGCGUCCUGUUUGAGCUAUUACUAUUGCUACGAAUUGAGUAGCUCGUGGUACAAGUCGGUACUCUACGAGUGCGCCGCAGGAUCCUUAUUCAACAACGCCACUGGCGCGUGCGAAGCUGGAUACCAGUGUCCCUGCAACGACCUGCUCACAACUGAAACCACCGUCGCGCCUACUAGCGAAGCACCCACCAUAACUCCAUCGGCUUGCCCGGUAAAUGAGGCGCUAACACCCUUCAACUGCACCGAAAACGGAAGGUUCUCCAACCCGAACGAUUCUAGUUGCUCCAGCUACUAUUACUGCUACAAGCUGCGCAGCGGUUCGUUCAGUCAAAUGCUGUACACUUGUCCCUCUGGGUCGCUUUUCAACCCAGAAAGCCAGGGUUGCGACACGCAAUACAGCUGUCCGUGCGGUACCACCACCGAAGUGACCUCGACGCCGACGACCAUCGAACCGUGCGACUACAGCCCAUCUAACCCAACAUUUGUUUGCGAACAAAAUGGAAGGUAUCCGAGUCCCAACGACACCAGCUGCGCGAGCUACUACUUCUGCUACAAGCUCUCGAGCGGUAGCUUCAGUCAGACCCUUUACACCUGCCCUACGGGAUCUCUUUUCAACCCCGACUUGGGAGGUUGCGAUGCCCAAUUCCGUUGUCCAUGUUCGAGCUCCGCAACCACGACAACAGCUGCAGCGCCAACCGAAACCUCGACAUCUUCUGCCCUCGAGACGACGACCACCACGUCUACUUGCACAGCAGACGUUUCGACAGUGACGUUCACUUGCUCGGAAAAUGGCCGGUUUUUAAACCCAGCCGAUCUAUAUUGCGAAUCGUACAUCUACUGCUACAAGCUGAGCAGCGGGAGCUUCGUGCAGCAGACCUACACUUGUCCGUCGGGUACUUUCUUCAGCCCCGCUUCCCAAGGUUGUUCCAGCGACAAUACGUGCAGAUGUCAACAGUCAUGAUGUCCUCUACUUCAAGCUCGCUACGUUUUUAUUUAUAGAUUUAUAUUUUUGUAUG